GCUGUCCGUGCCGAGCCGAGCCGAGCCGUGCCCAGCCGUGCCCAGCCGUGCCAGGAUGCCGGGCCGCAGCGUGUGGCGGCUGGCGCUGCUCGCCCUCUGCCUGGGGGCGGCGGCGGCGGGGGGACAGCGGCGCGGGGCCGGCGGCAAGAGCCGGCGGCAGGCGCAGACCCAGACCACCUCGCUGCCGCAGGGCAGCGCCGCGCAGGGAAAGCAGACCUGCUAUGACAAUGGACGGUACUACCAGAUAAACCAGCAGUGGGAGCGCACUUACCUGGGCAACACUCUGGUCUGUACCUGCUACGGUGGGAGCCGAGGGUUCAACUGCGAGAGCAAGCCCGAACCUGAAGAGACCUGCUUUGACAAAUACACUGGAUCCACGUACCGAGUUGGGGAGACCUAUGAGCGCCCCAAGGACUCCAUGAUCUGGGACUGUACUUGCAUUGGAGCUGGGCGUGGGAGAAUCAGCUGCACCAUUGCCAACCGCUGCCAUGAGGGCGGCCAGUCCUACAAGAUCGGCGACACGUGGCGCCGGCCCCACGAGACGGGCGGCUACAUGCUGGAGUGCGUGUGCCUGGGCAACGGCAAGGGCGAGUGGACCUGCAAGCCUGUGGCGGAGCGGUGCUACGACAACACGGCCGGCACGUCCUACGUGGUGGGAGAGACCUGGGAGAAGCCGUACCAGGGCUGGAUGAUGGUGGACUGCACCUGCCUCGGUGAGGGCAGCGGCCGCAUCACCUGCACCUCCAGAAAUCGCUGCAAUGACCACGACACCAAGACUUCCUACAGGAUUGGGGACAACUGGAGCAAGAAGGAUAACCGUGGGAACUUGCUGCAGUGUGUCUGCACUGGGAAUGGCAGAGGAGAGUGGAAAUGUGAGAGACACACAUCCCUGCACACCACCAGCACUGGCUCUGGCUCCCCCAGCAUCACCAACGUGCAGACAGCGCUGUACCAGCCCCAGCCCCAGCAGCCCCAGCCCCAGCCCUACGGCCAGUGCAUCACGGACAACGGCGUCGUCUACUCCGUGGGCAUGCAGUGGCUCAAGACACAGGGCAGCCAGCAGAUGCUCUGCACCUGCCUGGGCAACGGAGUCAGCUGCCAGGAGAUAGCCGUGACCCAAACGUACGGUGGCAAUUCUGAUGGAGAGCCCUGUGUGCUGCCUUUCACCUAUGAUGGCAGGACCUUCUAUUCCUGCACCACCGAAGGCCGCACAGAUGGGCACUUCUGGUGCAGCACCACUUCCAACUUCGAGCAGGACAGGAGAUACUCCUUCUGUACCGAGCAGAACGUUUUGGUCCAGACACGUGGUGGCAAUUCCAAUGGUGCUCUGUGCCACUUCCCCUUCCUGUACAACAACCGCAACUACACCGACUGUACUUCUGAGGGGCGGAGGGACAACAUGAAGUGGUGUGGGACCACCGAGAACUACGAUGCUGACCAGAAGUUUGGGUUCUGCCCCAUGGCUGCCCAUGAGGAAAUCUGCACAACCAAUGAUGGUGUCAUGUACCGUGUUGGAGACCAGUGGGAUAAGCAGCAUGACAUGGGCCACAUGAUGAGAUGCACUUGUGUGGGAAAUGGCCGUGGAGAGUGGACCUGCAUUGCCUAUUCACAGCUCAGAGACCAGUGCAUUGUGGAUGGCAUCACCUAUGAUGUGAACCAGACCUUCCACAAGCGCCACGACGAGGGGCACAUGCUGAACUGCACCUGCUUUGGCCAGGGCCGGGGCAGAUGGAAGUGUGAUCCUGUUGACCAGUGCCAGGACUCAGAAACCCGCACCUUCUACCAAAUUGGAGACUCCUGGGAGAAGUAUGUGCAUGGGGUCAGAUACCAGUGCUAUUGCUAUGGUCGUGGGAUUGGAGAGUGGCACUGCCAGCCUCUGCAGACCUACCCAGGGUCAACUGGACCUGUCCAGGUGAUCAUCACAGAGAGUACAAACCAGCCCAACUCCCAUCCCAUCCAGUGGAAUGCUCCUGAACGAUCUCACAUCACCCAGUACAUCUUGCGCUGGAGACCGAAAAACUCAGGAAGGCAGUGGAAGGAAGCCACCAUCCCUGGCCACCGGAACUCCUACACCAUCUCUGGCCUGAGGCCUGGAGUCAUCUACGAGGGCCAGCUCAUCAGUGUCCAGCAGUACGGCCACAAAGAAGUCACCCGCUUCGAUUUCACCACAACCAGCACCACAGCAGUGACAAGCAACACUGUUUCAGGAGAGACAACUCUUCUUCCUCCCGUGGUUGCUACUUCAGAGUCUGUCACUGAAAUCACAUCCAACAGCUUUGUUGUCUCCUGGGUUUCUGCUUCUGACACCGUUUCUGGAUUCCGUGUUGAGUACGAGCUGAGCGAGGAGGGUGACGAGCCACAGUACCUUGAUCUUCCCAGCACAGCCACUUCUGUCAACAUCCCUGACUUGCUUCCUGGUCGCAAGUAUAUUGUUAAUGUCUAUCAGAUCUCUGAAGAAGGAGAGCAGAAUCUGAUCCUGUCUACUUCACAGACUACAGCUCCUGAUGCCCCACCCGACCACACAGUGGAAAGUGUGGAUGACACAUCCAUUGUCAUCAGCUGGAGCAGACCACAGGCUCCAAUCACAGGCUACAGGAUUGUCUACGUACCCUCUGUGGAAGGCAGCAGCACAGAGCUCAACCUGCCUGACACUGCAACCUCUGUGACACUCAGUGACCUGAUGCCAGGGGUUCAGUACAACAUCAGCAUCUAUGCUGUGGAAGAAAACCAGGAGAGCACUCCUGUCUUCAUCCAGCAGGAAACCACUGGGGUCCCACGCACAGAUGAAGUGCCUUCCCCCAGAGACCUGCAGUUUGUGGAGGUGUCUGACAUCAAGAUCACCAUCAUGUGGACCCCACCCCAGAGCCAGGUGUCCGGCUAUCGGGUGGAGGUGAUCCCUGUCAACCGCCCCGGCCAGCACGGCCAGAGACUGCCCAUCACCAGGAGCUCUUUUGCUGAAGUCAUUGACCUGAUCCCAGGAACUACCUAUCUCUUCAAGAUCUUUGCUGUAAACCAGGGCAGGGAGAGCAAACCUUUGACUGGAGAGCAAACCACCAAGCUGGAUGCCCCCACCAACCUGCGGUUCCUCAACACCACGGAGCACUCGGUGCUGGUGCUGUGGACGCGGCCUCGCGCCGUCAUCACGGGCUACAGGCUGACAGCAGGGCCCACCCGGGGGGGACAGCCCCGCACCUACAACGUGGGGCCCUCUGCCACCAAGUACCUGCUGAGGAACCUGCAGCCUGGCACCGAGUACACCGUGUACCUCGUGGCCGUCAAAGGCGACCUGCAGAGCAACAGAGAGACCGGCGUCUUCACCACUUAUCAGCCUGCUGGCUCUGUUCCUCCUUUUAACACAGAAGUGACUGAGACCUCUAUUGUCAUCACCUGGACACCUGCCCCAAGGAUUGGUUUCAAGCUGGGAGUGCGCCCAAGCCAGGGCGGAGAGGCUCCUCGGGAGGUGAUCUCGGACUCCGGCAGCAUCGUCAUCUCCGGGCUCACCCCUGGGGUGGAGUACACCUACAGCCUCACAGUGCUCAUGGACGGCCAGGAGAGAGAGACCCCCAUCAUCAGGAGAGUCACUACACCACUGGCUCCACCAACCAGCCUGCGCCUGAAGUCCAAUCCUGACACUGGCAUCCUGAUAGUCUCUUGGGAGAGAAGCACAUCUCCAGGCAUCAGUGGGUACCGUGUGACCACUGCUCCCACUGAUGGGCAGCAGGGCUCUACCCUGGAGGAGGUGGUGGGUGCAGAUCAGACCACCUGCACCUUUGAGAACCUCAACCCUGGCGUGGAGUACAAUGUCAGUGUCUAUUCUGUCAAGGAUGACCAGGAGAGCGUCCCCAUCUCAGAAACGAUCACACCAGCUGUGCCUCCUCCCACUGACCUGCGCUUCACCAACGUGGGGCCUGACACCAUGAGGGUGACUUGGACUGCCCCGACCUCCAUCGUGCUGAGCGGUUUCCUGGUGCGCUAUUCCCCUGCCAAGAAGGAGGAGGAUGUUGCAGAGGUGACAGUCUCACCCUCAGACAACAUGGUCAUCUUAACAAACCUGCUCCCUGGCACUGAAUAUCUGGUGAAAGUCUACAGCGUUUCUGAGCAGCAUGAGAGUGCACCUUUGUAUGGAAUCCAGAAAACAGGUCUGGAUUCCCCCACUGGCCUGGACUUCUCGGACAUAACGGCGAACUCCUUCACGGUGCACUGGAUCGCUCCCCGCGCCACCAUCACGGGCUACAGGAUCCGCUACCAGCCCGAGCAGGGCGGGGCCCGGCCCAAGGAGGACCGUGUGCCCCCCUCCAGGAACUCCAUCACCCUCACCAACCUGCUGCCAGGCACUGAGUACGUGGUCAGCAUCAUCGCUGUCAAUGGCAGGGAGGAGAGCCUGCCCUUGGUUGGCCAGCAAACAACAGUGUCUGAUGUUCCAAGGGACCUGGAAGUCACCCCUACCAGCCCAACCAGCCUCAAGAUUUCCUGGGAUGCUCCUGCAGUGACAGUCAGAUACUACCGGAUCACCUAUGGUGAAACAGGUGGAAGCAGCCCAGUACAGGAGUUCACAGUGCCUGGCACUGUGUCUACUGCCACCAUCACUGGCAUCAAGCCUGGUGUUGAAUACACCAUCACUGUGUAUGCUGUAACUGGCCGUGGAGACAGCCCUGCCAGCAGCAAGCCAGUCACUGUCACCUACAGAACAGAAAUAGACACACCAUCCCAGAUGCAAGUCACUGAUGUCCAGGACAACAGUAUCAGCAUCAGAUGGCUCCCUUCAACAUCCCCAGUCACAGGGUAUCGUGUGACUGCUGCCCCCAAGGACGGACGUGGGCCCACAAAAACCAAAAAUGUCCCUGCAGAUCAAACUCAAGUGACUAUUGAAGGUCUGCAGCCCACAGUGGAGUACGUGGUCAGUGUCACUGCUCAGAAUCAGAAUGGGGAGAGCCAGCCCUUGGUUCAGACAGCUGUUACCACAAUUCCACCUCCAACCAACCUGAAGUUUACUCAGGUGACUCCUACCAGUCUCACCAUCAACUGGAAUGCACCCAACGUUCGCCUCACUGGCUACAGAGUCAGAGUGAACCCCAAAGAAAAGACUGGUCCUAUGAAAGAAAUCAACCUUUCUCCAGACAGCACAUCUGCAGUCGUGUCUGGCUUGAUGGUAGCAACCAAGUAUGAAGUGAGUGUGUAUGCCCUGAAGGACUCCCUGACCAGCAGACCAGCCCAGGGGGUGGUCACAACCCUUGAAAAUGUGAGUCCCCCUCGCAGGCCCCGCGUGACAGAUGUGACUGAAACAACCAUCACCAUUACCUGGAGGACCAAGACUGAGACCAUCACUGGCUUCCUGGUGGAAGCCAUCCCUGCAGGUGGCCAGAACCCCAUCCAGAGGACCAUCAGCCCUGAGCUCAGGAGUUACACUAUCACUGGCUUGCAGCCUGGCACUGACUACAAGAUCUACCUAUACACUCUGAACGAGAACGCACGCAGCUCCCCAGUGGUACUGGAUGCCUCCACUGCCAUCGAUGCUCCUUCCAACCUGCACUUCCUUACAACCACGAGCAACUCCCUGCUGGCCACCUGGCAGCCUCCCCGAGCCAAGAUCACUGGCUACAUCAUCAGAUACGAGAAACCUGGCUCACCAGUCAAGGAGGUCCUGCCUCGCCCCCGGCCCGGCACCACCGAGGCUACCAUCACUGGUUUGGAACCUGGCACUGAAUACAUCAUCUACAUCAUUGCUGUGAAGAACAGUCAGAAGAGUGAACCAUUGGUUGGCAGAAAAAGGACAGAUGAGCUGCCCACGUUGAUCAGCAGACCGCACCCCAACCAGCCUGACAUCCUGGACGUGCCUUCCAUCGACGAGGGGACCCCUUACCUCACCAACAACAGGUACGACAACGGCAACGGCAUCCAGCUGCCAGGCUCCUCUGGGCACCCCCAGACCGUGGGACACCAGGGCCAGCAGGUGUUCUUCGAGGAGCACGGCUACAGGCGGCCCGGCCCCACCACAGCCACCCCGCUGAGGCCGGGCUCCCGGCGGCCGCUGCCCAGCGUGGACGAGGCCAUCGAGAUCCCGGGCUACCAGGUGCCCGUGGUGGUGGAGCCCUCGUACCCGCACUCCCGCGGGCCCCGGCGCAACGACACGGGCCAGGAGGCCCUGUCCCACACCACCAUCUCCUGGAGGCCGCUGCUGGAGAGCUCUGAGUACAUCAUCUCCUGCCAGCCCGUCAGCCAGGACGAGGACACGCUGCAGUUCAGGGUUCCUGGCACUUCCUCUAGUGCCACACUCAAGGGUCUUACAAGAGGGGCCACCUACAACAUCAUAGUGGAAGCCCUGAAGGAUCACCGGAGGCAGAAGGUGCUGGAGGAGGUGGUCACAGUUGGCAAUACUGUGUCUGAAGGAUUAAACCAGCCAGCUGACGACACCUGCUUUGAUACUUACACUGGCUCCUUCUAUUCCAUUGGCGAGGAAUGGGAGCGCUUAUCUGAAACUGGCUUUAAGCUCUGGUGCCAGUGUUUAGGCUUUGGCAGUGGCCAUUUCAGAUGUGACUCUUCUAAGUGGUGCCAUGACAAUGGAGUUAACUACAAGAUUGGGGAGAAGUGGGACAGGCAAGGAGAGAAUGGCCAGAUGAUGAGCUGCACCUGCCUUGGCAAUGGAAAAGGAGAAUUCAAGUGUGAACCUCAUGAGACCACGUGCUAUGAUGAUGGGAAGAUGUACCACGUUGGGGAGCAGUGGCAGAAGGAGUACUUUGGGGCCAUCUGCUCCUGCACUUGUUACGGAGGGCAGCAGGGCUGGCGCUGUGACAACUGCCGCAGGCCCAGCGUGGAGGUGGCCCCCGAAGGCUCUGCUGGCCACACCUACACACAGUUCACACAGAGGUACCACCAGGCCACCAACACUGAUGAAGAUGAUUAUUCUCAGCUGGAUUAUUCUGAGGUGGAUAAUUCUGAGCGGGAUGAUUCAGAGCUGGAGUAACACAAGAUGGAACAAACAUCCCAGAGAAGAGUGAAGUAAUCCUGGAGAGAAUAUUGGUAGAGCAGUUUGUUAAUUAAAAGCUUCCAGCUGCACCCCUGCCCCCAUAGAACGCAGUCAGUGGGUAGGUAUGGCAUGGGCAGGAGGCACAGGCUUGCUUUGGGGCGACAGGGGAAGGGAGGGAAAGGCAAACAGCCCCUGCUUUGCACAUGAACUGAGCUAGAGGUGUUCCACUCCCAGAAUUAAAUAAGCUUUCAGUGGCUGAGUUGCCAGAACUAGCGAGCCCGUCCAAACCUGUGUAGUUGAAUGUGUUCAAAGCUUCGACCCCCAGCAGGAGCCAGGCACCAGCUGGGUCUGAGCCUGGGUGUUACAGGCACAGGGCCUUUUCUUGUCUCUUGUGCUUCUACCUCAUGGUGGGGAGGCAGGUAAACAAAAUGCUCCUCACAACCCUUCUGCAAACAAAGCCAGUCUCGAUUAGAGGGAGCCAAGCCAGCAGUGAGUCCCUUUGCUUGCGCUGCCAGGACCUGUACAGCCUUUGCAAAGAGCACAGGACAGGUCCUGUCAGGAUUGCUCAGCCCCCUCCCCUCAGCUGCACACGCACUGUACUGCUCCAGUCACUGGGAUUCUCUGGACACAAUAAAGCAUCACAUGAAAACGUGA